ACUAAACGACAUCAACUUUCAUUUAUUCUAGUUCUAAAACCUGCAUGUAAAAGAAAAAAAAAGGCCUGUGACCAACCAUGUCCAGGAAAACUCAUCCCUCUCCUUACAAUUGGCAACUGCCCAACUGAUAAACAGGCUCAAUCAAGAAAGACUCUGCCUUUUAUGUAUGGAAUGUUAGCUUGGACUGAAUCCACAACUAAGGCGCGAGGGCAGAGAGAGAAUCCGGAGAAUUUGGUCUCUAGUGCUGUCAUAUUGUGAUUAUGGGCAAGCAGCAAGCUGCAACUAUCACAAGAAGAAAGCUCGUUGAUACAUCAGCCGUUAUGGACCCGCGUUUCUCAGGAAAGGACCAGUUUCAGCUUAUUUCUUCAUCUGUCGAUGAUUCACGAGCUCAAUCCCAGUGCUCGGUAUGCUUGGGCAACAAUAGUUGCCAAACGGUUCGUUCAAGAACAAAACUGAUGAGUAUUUUGAUUGCAAGAGGGAAGCCUCACGAAGCCAAUCUGAUAUUUGAUAGUUUAGUGGAAGAUGGACACAGGCCAACUAUUGUAACAUACACAACUCUCGUAGCUGCCAUGACGAAGCUGAAACAUUUCAAGUCCAUUUUAUCACUCAUCUCUAUAGUAGAAGAAAACAGUAUGAAGCCAGAUUCCAUACUCUUCAACGCCAUGAUUAAUGCCUUUUCUGAAUCCGGAAAUGUAACAGAAGCUAUGAAAAUCUUUCAGAAGAUGAAGGAGAGCGGGUGCAAGCCCACAACCAGCACAUUCAACACUCUCAUUAAAGGAUAUGGAAAUGCCAGUAAGCCUGAAGAAGCUUUGAAAUUGCUAGAUUUGAUGUCGCUUGAAAGAGAUGUGAAACCAAAUGAUAGGACAUAUAAUAUUCUGGUCAGAGCAUGGUGUAACAAGAAAAGCAUAGAGGAAGCGUGGAAUACGGUGGACAAGAUGCUGGCAUCCGGUAUACAACCUGAUGUUGUCACAUAUAACAUACUUGCUAAGGCUUAUGCCGAGAAAGGGGAGACGUUUAUGGCCGAAGAAAUGAUAUCGGAAAUGCAGAACAAGAGAGUGUCGCCCAAUGAGCGUACUUGCGGUAUCAUCGUCAAUGGCUACUGCAAAGAAGGUAACAUGAUAGAAGCCUCAAGGUUUGUUUACAGAAUGAAGCAGCUCGGAGUGAAUCCAAAUCUUAUUAUUUUCAAUUCUAUUAUCAAAGGAUUUCUAGACAUUACAGAUACUGAUGGAGUCGAUGAGACGUUAUCUUUGAUGGAAGAAUAUGGCGUCAAGCCAGAUGUUGUUACGUUCAGCACAAUCAUGAACGCAUGGAGCUCAGCAGGGCUAAUGGAAAAAUGCCGAGAGAUUUUGGACGACAUGUCAAAGGCGGGAAUAGAACCCGAUACACAUGCAUUCAGUAUUCUUGCCAAAGGAUACGUUCGAGCUGGAGAACCUGAGGAGGCAGAAUCAGUCCUGAAUUCCAUGAGCACGUCAGGCGUGCGCCCAAAUGUUGUAAUCUGCACAACCAUAAUAAGUGGAUGGUGCAGUGCUGGUAAAAUGGAGAACGCGAUGAAGGUUUACGAGAGAAUGUGCGAAAUCGGGAUCUCCCCCAAUUUGAAAACAUUUGAGACCCUGAUAUGGGGUUAUGCAGAAGCUAGACAGCCGUGGAAAGCUGAAGAGUUGCUCCGAGUGAUGGAAGAAAAAGGCGUGCCUCCGGAGAAGAGCACUAUCGAGCUCGUUGCAGAUGCGUGGCGCUACAUUGGUUUACUGAGUGAAGCCAAGAGACUUACAUACAAUGAUGAAGAAGAUGAGGAGAUACCGGCGGAGAGGAUUUAUAAGGAUCAAAAUAGUAGUGCUUCGUACCCCAAGAUCUUGCCGGUACCUGGAGAAGUUAUGAGCAAGCAUAAGGGAUCAUCAUCAUCAUCCUCUGCUGGAAAUGUUCGAAGCCAAAUGACCCUCGGAAACUAUAGGUGUUUGUCGCAAUAUCAGAUGCAACCAUUGAUCAUCUGCAAAAAGCAUUACAAUGAUUGCGUGGGAUUGUGCGGAAAGUUUGUAAAUUCAUGUAGAAUUAUUGCCAUAAGCUAGAUGCUGAAAUGCUGGCAUCUGCUGGUCUGGUACAUAACAGAAUUCUUGCAGCCUUCUUAAAGUUGUAGAUACUGCAGUUGCUUUAUUACAACAUAUACCUCAAUUUUC